GACCUCCCAGGAUUUAUCGGCAUCGACAGACACAUGUACGGGCUUAAUUCUGAACCAUAUGAGAGCCGUCUUUAUUGACUCUGCCGCACAGGUGUUGAGUCACGCGCAGAUCGCUUCUGAUGAACUGUGACUGCGUGUAAUGUGCGGGAAAUGUGAUCGUGGACGGUCUUAAGUGACUCACACUAGUUCACUGUGGAGCUGGACUGCACACCCGGACAUGAUUAUGAGGAUGAUCGUGGUGCCGCGGACGCAUUUCGGAGAGGAAACCCAAUUUAUUUUUUCACCCUGCGCCAUGUAACUUUGGCACCGACAUGUACACCAGAAUAAAGCGACAGUUUGGACUCGUUUGACGUACCGGCAGUCUUUUCAUUAAAAAAAAAAAUCUGGGGAAUCUUUUAUCCUGUUCAACGUAAGCACGCGCACUCCUCGCAAGGAUGCCUGGUGUCCUGGGUCUGUACAUUGGGAUGGAGGUGCUCAUCGCCCUUUCCUCUGUCAUUGGGAAUGUGAUGGUGGUCUGGGCUGUGAGAAUCAACCGAUCUCUACGAGACACGACCAUUUAUUUCAUCGUCAGUCUGGCUCUGGCGGACAUUGCUGUCGGGGCACUUGUCAUUCCUCUGGCCAUAACUAUAAGCAUCGGACUGAAGACUCAUUUUUACAGCUGUCUGCUCGUUGUAUGUACUGUCCUGGUGCUAACGCAAAGUUCAAUACUCGCCCUCCUGGCUAUUGCUAUUGACCGCUAUCUGAGGGUUAAGAUACCAAUGAGCUAUAAAAGAGUGGUGACUCCAAAGCGUGCUGGCACAGCAGUGAUGGCAUGCUGGAUGGUGGCCAUCGUAGUCGGCCUGACACCCAUGUUGGGCUGGAACAAUCUGGAGAAGCUACGCCAGACUAACGGCACCUUGGGUGCUGACCUUCUCGUAACCUGUGAAUUCGAGAAUGUCAUCAGUAUGGAGUACAUGGUCUACUUCAACUUCUUCGGAUGGGUGCUGCCACCGCUUGUCCUCAUGUUGCUCAUCUACGCUGAGAUCUUCUACAUGAUCCACAAGCAGCUCAACAAGAAGGUCACCGCAAACCAGACCGACCCCACUCGAUAUUACGGGAAAGAACUCAAGCUGGCCAAAUCUCUCGCGCUGGUGCUCUUCUUGUUUGCAGUCAGCUGGUUGCCGUUGCAUAUUCUGAAUUGCAUCACUCUCUUCUGCCCUAGUUGUGACAAUUCAAUGUGCCUUCUUUACGUGGCUAUCUUGCUCAGUCAUGGCAACUCCGCCGUCAAUCCCAUCAUUUAUGCAUUCCGCAUUAAGAAAUUCCGGAAUGCUUUUGUUAAGAUCUGGAAACAGUAUGUGUGUUGCACGGAGGAUCCACGUCUGGGUGAUCGCCCUAGCUUUCGCAUAGAUAGCAAAGAGAGAAGACUGCGGGACAAUGACAUCUGACACUUCGCUAACCAAGUCUCCUCCAUGAGAAGCACUUUUUCCAAGUAUGACAGUAUAGAUGAGUCUACAGGGAAAAUGCAGUCUGGGAUGUAUGCUGUCAGAGGUGAGAAUACGUUUGCCACAGAAAUGGAGACGAUCGAACAUUACUGGCAAUGUUUCCUUGAAAACCCAGUCAAUGGUGCAUAGAAUGAAUUGCAUCGUUAGUGAGGGACCAUUAAAUAAAUGAAAAUGGCCUGUUUUAUCGGAAUUCCCACACAGUACAACUGGCAUUCACAUCUGUGAAUCUUUAUUCGAUUAUGAUUUCCUUUUGUGCUGUGGUUCAUUCGAAUGUGGCUAUCACAUAAAGGGCUUCAUAUAAUGAAUGCAAAACUGCAGACUCGUAAA